AUGUUUCGAGGAGCUGCACGUCGCAUUCUCACUGCACCCUUUCGACAACGACCUGUACGAUGGACAUUAGCAGCAGGAGCUGUGGUGGGUGUACCAACCUACAUUAUGAGCCAGGAUUACAUCUAUAUCGAAGACGCUCAAGACGCACACAAAAAAGUACCACCCCUUGCGCUCCAUCCACAAGCAGGAGGCAAAAAGAAUCUACCUAUCGUCACACACCAGCUUGAUGAUGAUGAGCAGUCGCAACAAAAACCACGCUUGGUGAUCGUUGGUGGUGGAUGGGGUGCCGUUUCGGUUUUACGCAACCUUGACAAGGAUAAAUACAACGUCACUGUCAUUAGUGAAAACAACUACUUUUUAUUCACACCUUUAUUACCGUGUGCUACUGUGGGUACCAUGGAACCAAGAUCCUUGCUCGAGCCCAUUCGAAAAGUAGCAGCACGCGUGCAUGGCCAUUUUUUGGAAGCCAAGGCAACCGACAUUGAUCUUGACAACAAGUUGCUCGAAGUACGUGGUGUGGAUGAUGAGGAUCGGUUUUAUGUGCCAUACGACAAGUUGGUGAUUGCUGUGGGAGCACAAAGUAUCACUCAUGGUGUGGAAGGACUCGAGAAUACGGUGCAGCUUAAAACGGUGCAAGAUGCAAUCAACAUCCGACGUAACGUGAUGGGCAAUGCAGAGAAGGCGUGUUUGCCUACUACGACUCCUGAAGAACGUAAACAACUAUUGAGCUUUGUCAUUUGUGGCGGUGGCCCAACAGGAAUUGAAUUUGCUGCUGAAUUGUUUGAUUGGAUUAAUGAAGACCUUGUCAAAUGGCGAGUAUGCCGAGAAACGCUUCAAACGAGAAAAUGUCAAUGUCAUCACCAAUGCACGUGUGGCUCGUAUCGAGAAGGACAAGGUCGUGUAUCGUCGCAAGGAUGCUGCCGAUCCACAACAUGCUGA